ACCGAGACUGCAAAGGAGAGGCCCCGCCAGGUUCUGCCCGCCUGCAAAGUGUUGCUUUGACACAUGCUUAUGAUCGAAGUUCAGUGAGAAAUUAUUAUUUUUCCACGAAACUCCAGACGGAGAGCUGCUACGGAAGCGACCCGGGGAAGGAAAAAUCCGUAGGCAGGCCAAUGGUUUUUCGGCAGAGUGCUGGCAAGUUUGUGGAGCACUUUCUAGGAAUUAGGUCUUUUUCCUCCCCCUCUAUCUUCCUGACUUGUGAAGAAAGAACUUGCUUUGGAUUGCAAUGGAGCAUAAGAAGAGAGGGUUAGACGCACUUGAAUAAUCCCUCCAGCUGGGUUGAAUCGGUGGGAAUUUAGGGAGCCCGCGAGUGGAAGUGUAGCAGGCAGUCUGCGUGGAUCUCCAUGUGCCCCAUUCAAGAUCCAUCUCCACCAACCCUUCUGAUCUUGGGAUCUGCUCUGCUUGACUUCGGUCCCUAUCUAGGAAAGUCUAAACGUUGGACCUACCUCUUUUUUUGAUACUUAUUUUUGUACUUUUGCUCUCUGGGAUUGGUUUCUUAAAGCAAUCUGGAUCCCCCUUUUUAAAAAUAUGUCAAAAUGAGUCUGCUGAUGUUUACACAACUACUGCUCUGUGGAUUUUUAUAUGUUCCAGUAGACGGAUCUCGUCUGCGUCAGGAGGACUUUCCCCCACGGAUUGUGGAGCACCCUUCAGAUGUUAUCGUCUCCAAGGGCGAGCCCACCACUCUGAACUGUAAGGCGGAGGGCCGGCCGACGCCCACCAUCGAGUGGUACAAGGAUGGGGAGCGGGUGGAGACGGACAAAGACGACCCCCGUUCCCACAGGAUGCUUCUGCCCAGCGGAUCCUUAUUCUUCCUGCGCAUUGUGCACGGACGCAGAAGCAAACCCGAUGAAGGAAGCUACGUUUGUGUUGCAAGGAAUUAUCUUGGAGAAGCAGUGAGUCGAAAUGCAUCCCUGGAAGUGGCAUUAUUGCGAGAUGACUUCCGGCAAAACCCCACAGAUGUUGUGGUGGCCGCGGGGGAGCCUGCAAUCCUGGAGUGCCAGCCUCCUCGGGGACAUCCAGAGCCUACCAUCUACUGGAAAAAAGACAAAAUUCGGAUCGAUGAUAAAGAAGAGAGAAUAAGUAUACGUGGUGGCAAGCUGAUGAUCUCCAAUACCAGGAAAAGUGAUGCGGGAAUGUAUACCUGUGUUGGUACCAAUAUGGUGGGCGAAAGAGACAGUGAUCCAGCGGAGCUGACUGUCUUCGAACGACCCACAUUUCUCAGGAGGCCAAUUAACCAGGUGGUGCUGGAGGAAGAAGCUGUGGAGUUUCGAUGUCAGGUCCAGGGAGAUCCUCAACCAACUGUGCGGUGGAAAAAGGAUGAUGCAGACUUGCCAAGGGGAAGGUAUGACAUCAGAGAUGAUUACACGCUGAGAAUUAAGAAGGCCAUGAGCACAGAUGAAGGCACUUACCUAUGCAUUGCGGAGAACCGCGUGGGAAAGGUGGAAUCCUCUGCCACCCUCACCGUCCGAGCUCCUCCACAGUUUGUGGUUAGGCCAAGAGAUCAGAUUGUUGCUCAAGGUCGAACAGUGACAUUUCCCUGUGAAACAAAAGGAAACCCACAGCCAGCUGUUUUUUGGCAGAAAGAAGGAAGCCAGAAUCUGCUUUUCCCGAACCAACCUCAGCAGCCCAACAGUCGAUGUUCAGUGUCGCCAACUGGAGACCUCACCAUUACCAACAUUCAGCGUUCAGAUGCAGGCUACUAUAUCUGUCAGGCCUUAACUGUGGCAGGAAGUAUUUUAGCAAAAGCACAACUGGAAGUUACUGAUGUGUUGACAGACCGACCUCCACCCAUCAUUCUACAAGGCCCAGCCAACCAGACACUAGCAGUAGAUGGGACUGCCUUACUGAAGUGUAAGGCCACUGGUGAUCCUCUUCCUGUAAUCAGCUGGCUCAAGGAAGGAUUUACUUUUCUGGGUAGAGAUCCCAGAGCAACUAUACAAGAGCAAGGGACAUUGCAGAUUAAGAAUUUACGGAAUUCUGAUACUGGCACUUACACCUGUGUGGCAACCAGUUCAAGUGGAGAGACAUCUUGGAGUGCCGUGUUAGAGGUGACUGAAUCUGGAGCAACAAUCAGUAAAAAUUAUGAUCUAAAUGACCUGCCGGGGCCACCUUCCAAACCACAGGUCACUGAUGUUACUAAAAAUAGUGUCACCUUGUCCUGGCAGUCAGGUACCCCCGGAAACCUUCCAGCAAGCGCAUAUAUCAUUGAGGCUUUCAGCCAAUCAGUGAGCAAUAGCUGGCAGACAGUCGCAAACCAUGUGAAGAGCACUCUCUUUACUGUGAGAGGACUGCGGCCCAAUACGAUCUACUUGUUCAUGGUUAGAGCGAUCAACCCCCAAGGUCUCAGUGACCCAAGUCCUAUGUCAGAUCCUGUGCGUACACAAGACAUCAGCCCGCCAGCUCAAGGAGUAGACCAUAGACAAGUACAGAAAGAACUAGGAGAUGUACUUGUCCGUCUUCAUACUCCAGUGGUAUUGACUCCAACUACUGUUCAGGUCACUUGGACAGUUGAUCGCCAGCCCCAGUUCAUCCAAGGGUACCGGGUGAUGUACCGUCAGACCUCAGGCCUGCAAGCUACAUCUUCAUGGCAACAUCUGGAUGCCAAAGUCCCAACGGAGAGAAGUGCCGUCUUGGUCAAUCUGAAAAAGGGUGUGACUUACGAAAUUAAGGUUCGACCAUAUUUUAAUGAGUUCCAAGGAAUGGAUAGUGAAUCUAAAUCAGUCCGCACAACCGAAGAAGCCCCAAGUGCCCCUCCCCAGUCUGUCACAGUGCUGAUCGUCGGGAGCCAGAACAGCACAAGCAUCAGUGUAUCCUGGGAUCCCCCUCCUCCAGACCACCAGAAUGGAAUCAUCCAAGAAUAUAAGAUCUGGUGUCUUGGAAAUGAAACACGCUUCCACAUUAACAAAACUGUGGAUUCAGCCAUUCGGUCAGUUAUAAUUGGUGGAUUAUUCCCAGGUAUUCAAUACCGAGUAGAAGUUGCUGCAAGUACUAGCGCAGGAGUUGGAGUAAAAAGUGAGCCUCAGCCUAUUACAAUUGGGGGACGUAAUGAAGUUGUUAUUACUGAAAACAAUAACAGCAUAACUGAGCAGAUCACUGACGUUGUGAAGCAGCCGGCCUUCAUAGCGGGAAUUGGUGGUGCCUGCUGGGUAAUUUUGAUGGGUUUUAGCAUCUGGUUGUAUUGGCGAAGAAAGAAGAGAAAGGGACUCAGUAAUUAUGCUGUUACGUUUCAAAGAGGCGAUGGAGGAAUAAUGAGCAAUGGAAGCCGUCCAGGUCUUCUAAAUGCUGGUGAUCCCAAUUAUCCAUGGCUUGCUGAUUCAUGGCCAGCCACAAGCUUGCCAGUAAACAACAGUAAUAGUGGCCCAAAUGAAAUUGGAAAUUUUGGGCGUGGAGAUGUGCUGCCACCAGUUCCAAGCCAAGGGGAUAAAACAGCAACGAUGCUCUCAGAUGGAGCCAUUUACAGCAGUAUUGACUUCACGACCAAAACCACUUACAACAGUUCCAGCCAGAUAACCCAGGCCACACCAUAUGCCACAACACAGAUCUUGCAUUCCAACAGCAUACAUGAACUGGCAGUUGAUCUUCCUGAUCCACAAUGGAAAACCUCCAUUCAGCAAAAAACAGAUCUCAUGGGAUUUGGUUAUUCUCUGCCUGAUCAGAACAAAGGUAACAAUGCCUUACUUUACAUCCCUGACUACCGAUUGGCUGAGGGAUUGUCUAAUAGAAUGCCACACAACCAGUCACAGGAUUUCAGCACCACCAGCUCUCACAACAGCUCAGAAAGGAGUGGCAGUCUUUCAGGUGGCAAGGGUGGAAAAAAGAAGAAAAAUAAAAACUCUUCCAAACCGCAGAAAAACAAUGGAUCUGCCUGGGCCAAUGUUCCUCUACCUCCUCCCCCAGUUCAGCCCCUUCCUGGCACAGAACUGGAACACUAUGCAGUGGAACAGCAAGAAAAUGGCUAUGACAGCGAUAGCUGGUGUCCACCAUUACCAGUACAAACAUACCUACAUCAGGGUAUGGAAGAUGAACUGGAAGAAGACGAUGAUCGAGUCCCAACCCCUCCGGUCCGAGGUGUGGCCUCCUCUCCUGCUAUUUCCUUUGGCCAGCAGUCCACGGCAACACUCACUCCAUCCCCACGUGAGGAAAUGCAGCCCAUGCUGCAGGCCCACCUGGACGAGCUGACAAGAGCCUAUCAAUUUGACAUAGCAAAGCAAGCAUGGCACAUUCAAAGCAAUAAUCAACCUCCGCAGCCCCCUGUUCCACCAUUAGGUUAUGUGUCUGGAGCCUUGAUGUCUGACUUGGAAACAGAUGUUCCAGAUGAUGAUGCUGAUGAUGAAGAGGAAGCUUUAGAAAUCCCCAGGCCCCUGAGAGCACUAGACCAGACACCGGGAUCCAGUAUGGACAAUCUAGACAGCUCUGUGACAGGAAAGGCCUUUACCUCCUCUCAAAGACCUCGACCCACCAGCCCAUUUUCUACAGACAGUAAUACGAGUGCAGCUGUGAGUCAAAGUCAGAGGCCUAGGCCCACUAAAAAACACAAGGGAGGAAGAAUGGACCAACAACCAGCAUUGCCUCAUCGAAGGGAGGGAAUGACAGAUGAUCUUCCACCACCACCAGACCCCCCACCAGGUCAGGGUUUAAGGCAGCCAAUAGGCCCGAGCCAGCAUGCUGGUAACGUGGAAAACUCAACAGAGGGAAAAGGAAGCUCACUAGAGAGACAACAUGCAUCCAACUUAGAAGACACAAAGAGCUCAUUGGAGUUUCCAGCUAGAGCCUCCUUAGACUGGCAACGGCAAACCCAGGAGUGGAUAAGCUCUACAGAACGCCAAGAAGAUACACGGAAAGCCCCACACAAACCAGGUGUUGGCGCAGAGGAGGCCCUGGUGCCCUACAGCAAGCCCAGCUUCCCAUCUCCAGGCGGCCACAGUUCAUCAGGAACAGCUUCUUCGAAAGGAUCCACUGGACCUAGGAAAACCGAGGUGAUGAGGGGAGGCCACCAGCGUAAUGCCAGCGACCUUCUUGACAUAGGAUAUAUGGGUUCAAAUAGUCAAGGACAGUUUACAGGUGAAUUGUAGUAACUGAGAGGAGACAGAUGAAGCUGCUCUGAAGGACCAUCAGGUCUGAACUCAUGGAAGUGACGACACUAAACAGUGCAAUGAACAAUUUCUUUAUUUAUGUACUAUUAAAAGAACUGUAAAUGCAAUGUAAAGACACACAGCCACACAUAUCCCACAGAUAUUUUACUUGUGUUCUUCUCUUAAGUACACCACCCACCUUAACUCUUUCUUGUCAGGAGUAUAUAAAAAAAGAAAACAAGAUUUGCCCUCCAGGAAAAAAAGAAUUUCCCUCUGUAUAUAAAUUUUGUUUUGUGCAUUGCUAUGCAAGGUCACUCUUUUUAGCUCAGUUCAUAUUAUUGUCUGUUCUUACUGGUCUGUUGUACUAUAUGUGAAUUAAUAGGCUGUGGUGCCAUAUAUUAACUUUUAAUUGUGUAACUUUUGUGUUUAAAUUUUGCACUGCAAUUUUAUUUGGUGAUAAGCACAAAUCUCUACUCCUCAUGACAUGAAGAAAAAGAUUGAAUGUGAAGAGAGUUUCUGUACUGUAAGCUGCGUUGGAUAAUGCUGGUUGUAAUCAUGUUAGAUGGUUUUCAUUUGGGAUGUAGAAUAGGACGAUGCAAAGGAACUAUGGUAUUGGCAAAGUCUUCUUGGAACUUUAGGGACUGAUUCAAUACAACAAAGCUGAAAGGUGGCUGUUACUAUUGACAGAAACAGGGGUCAAGAGAAGGAAGUUGAAGUCUUUAGACUGAAUAUGCAUUAAAGUACACCAGUAGCAAAAAUGUACUAAACUUGCUAAAUAAGAUAGUUUCUUAGCAUCAAUUUUACCGUUAUUGUAAUUGACCCAUAUGAGAAUUUCAACAAGCAAAAGAAAAUCAAGCUAUAUCACGAGUUGAUGCAUAAACAGUCUUUUAAAGCAAAUUCCGAAAUACCAUAAUUAAUCUCUCCAGCUCAUUAAGUCAGAAUUUGAACUUCCCCAAGGAAACAAAAUGAAAUGAACGCUAGAAUGUCUAGUUGAACUAUUAAGACAUACCUGAGCUGCUUCCAAAUGUAAACUCAGUUGCAGUAUCUUGUUUCACCUUUCUAACACAUGUCCAGCACACUCCGGAGGAUAGAGCUGCAUCACUAAAAUCCAUGACUUUCCUAAAGAAAAAAAAAUAGUGUGAUCUAGGUACAAUUUUGUGUUUCCUUUGCUUAGGAAAUCAAGUUGAUGCAACCAAACCUUUGGCUAAAUUGUGUUUGCAAAGCAGUGCUCAGAGUAUGCUCAGUUCUCAGUAAGUAGAUGUAUUUGGAAUAUUUUAUGGUACCUUCUCAGAAAUCAGCUAUCAGCUAAAAUACGUCUAACCCAUUUUUGAAUGAAUAAAUUGCAAAACAAAAUUGAAAGGAGAAAAAUGCAUGUUUAUACACUUUUUAAAUAAAACCAAACCUUGUAAGUGGACAUUAA